AGUGUCAAAUUAUACCAAAAAAAGAAGUUGUAUUUAAUAGAUAUCGCUCAGAGCACGAGUUUCCCACUUUAAUAACAGAAUAUGGCCAGAGCAAGUUAUAAAGUAGCUAAUAAAAAAUGACCGAAAUGGUGCAAAAGGGAAUGAAAAAUACGUAACAUACAUAACUGCUAGCUCUACCCAAGCUCCGGUCGUCGGAGCUUUGCGGCGGCGCGGGCAUGCCGAGUCAACCUUCAAUAGAGUGGUGGCUACAGAUUCAGUCGAAAGCCUGCCGUUGACGCGUUUUGUUGGUGCACUGGGAAAUAGUUAGUUAACCUUGAUUUUAGACAAAAGCCAAAUCGAGUUGUUUUAUUGAUUUAAAAGUAAAAAAUCUUUGUCGUCAAUUUUUAAAUCUAAAUGAUUUUCUUUGAUCGCACAAUGGAAUACCUGCAAGAUAUCUAUGCAAAAGUUAUCGGCUAUGGCAGUGGAGUUAUUAACUAUAAUGCGCCACGAAAAGUUGUUGCUUUUGGUAACGUACUGCUGGAUCAUACCGCACAGCUUCCGAAUGACGAAACCGAAUUAUUGGAACGCUUUCAAAUACCGGCUGAAUCAAAAGGAGAAUUAGAUGCAGAGAUUUUAGCCAAGUUAGCAGCGGAAGCAGCGGAGCGUGCACAACUUGAUGUAAAUCCCGGUGGCUCAGCAUUGAAUACCGUGCGAAUACUCAAACAACUCGGCACAGAUGCACUAUUCUUUGGUGCCGUUGGCGAAGAUAAGACGGCAGAGAAGUUAAAAGAGAUUCUGCAGGAACGGGAAAUUGAAACGAGACUCGUCACGGUGAAUGAUGUGCCCACCGGUCAGUGCGUUUGUAUUGUCAAUAAAGAUACCAAAGCAAAAGCGUUGUACGCUAAUAUUGGCGCUUCUGCAAAGCUGUCCGUCGAUCAUUUGCGUAAAGCACAUUAUGAUGAUACACAACCCUUUCUCCGUCCCAUUGAACGUAAACAAAUACUCUAUAUUGAGGGAUUUUUUGUGCCGCAACGCCAAGAAGUCUGUGAUUUCAUCGUUAGGAAUUACAUAAAAGAACGUCGCCGUCUGGCUAUCAAUUUAAAUGCUGAAUACAUUAUAAAGGAUAAUUUUCAGCCAUUGCGUCAGCUGGUGCGUGCAGCUUUCUUCAUUUUCGGCAAUCGUAAAGAACAUAUGACAUUCGCGGCAGAACUGGGUUUUGAUACAAUCGAGGCAGCCGCUAAGCAUGUCAUCGAAGAAUUCAACACACCCAAAGUGAUUGUGGUGACAAAUGGACGUGAAUGUGUACAAUUGAUUACAAAUAUCGAGGAUGAGUACUCAAUGCCAGGGGAAAUUGCAUUUCAGAGUUUUCACGUGCCACGUGUCGAUGAAGUUGUAGACUCAACAGGUGCUGGUGAUGCAUUCGUAGCCGCGUUCCUGCAUGCUUGGCUAGAGAAACGUUCGUUGACGGAAUGUGUGCGUGUGGCUAGCGAUGUUGCUGCCAAGGUGGUGACAGUGGUUGGCUGUAAUCUACCAUGAAUGCAAAGGUGUUGCUGAUUAGCUUUAAAAUCGCUAAAAGUAAUCAUUAAGAUGUUUUGUUUUUAUGUACGAGUAUGCAUUAAUCUUGUAAUAGGGCGGCAUUAAAUCCAACUCAAGCAUUAGUCUAAGUAGUGUAAGCGAGCAAACACUUGAAUAUUCAUUUAUCAUUACAUUUUUUCGCUUUGCUUCUUGCUUUGGAACAUAAGCAUGCUUUAGAAAUAAUGCUGCACUUAUAAAUAUUGCCUGUCUCAUUAGCGUUUUAACGCCAAAACACUGUAGUUGCACUUUCAUGCAUACAUACAUACACGCAUGUAUCUAUACGUACAUACAACAAUGCUUUGCUAAUUGGUCUCAAUUUAUGUAUAUUUGCAAAUGCCGCGACAUUGACUCAUUUAAUAACUCAUCUUGUGCACAAAGCAGUAAUGCAAAUUCUGAUACGGCACAAUUUCAUAACAAUAUCAUAUGUAAAAAGUACUUAAGCUUUAUGCAAUCAAGUGUUUUUUCCCCCUGCUUUAUUAAGCGUCUCAUACAUACGUAUAAGGCAUCUUAUACAGAUUUGAAUGUAGAAACAUUUGUCACAAUAUUCAAUUGAAAUUCAUACACCAUACAUAUGUUUGUAGGUUUGAAAAGAUAAGCUUUCUAGCAUUGAGUGGGUGAUAGAUAAAAUUCUCAUAUAUGCAUUACUGACGCCCAAAUCUCUAGCGUUCAGCAUUCUUCAUAGUUUGCUACAGUCGUGAAAAUAGAAAGUUAUUCAUAAAUUAACUUAAAAAUGACUAAUGAUUUAUAAAUAAAGUAGACAAUACGAAUGUAUGUGGAUAUAAUUUUUUUUUUAAUAUUUAUGCCAUUUAUGUGCGCAUAACGUAAUUACUAUAGCAUAUAAUGCUUAACCAAUUUAAACUGGUUCUAGUUAAGUUUAAAUAAUCACUUAACUUCUGUUUACAAUACAUACAUACAUUUAAACUUUCUUUCUUUAGACUGAUUAAAGUAAUCUAAUUAAUCUGAAGUACCUUUCACAUUUACUUGCUAAAUUAUUUACUUUUUGUGCGAAUUUAUUAUACCAAAAAACAACAAAUGAAAAAAAUAAAUGUGGUGCUUGCAGGGUAUAUUAUUUUUAAUUAUACAUCGAUUAUUUUUUCUUUUUAAAAUAAAAAUAAGAACAUAGCAAAUAAGUUCACAAUGGUUGUAAGUGCCUUAUAAAAAUAAAAGUUAUAAAAUUAGCGCAAAGC